AUGAGCGAGAAAGCAGCAAAGACAGAGAAGAAAAACGACGAGUGUUACAACACUGUGGCCAUAACAAACAAUGUGGAAGCCUUGGAAUUCGGACGAACGUGCCAAUCGUGUGCCGCUGGAAUGGCUGCAGGAAUACUUGGUCUCACCGGCUUCCACGGCUUCAUUCUGUACUUCAUCACUGUUGGAAUUCAAGCGCUGAUAUGGAACGUAAAAGCACAAGGAAACUGGUUGAGUUAUUUCCCAGAGAGAAACUCGUUCACAUGGUCACAUGGAAAUGGACUCCUCACAUUCGUCCUCCUCUGGGUAUUCUUCUACGGAAUGGUUCAUGUAUAUUAA